UUAAUUUAAACUAUAAUAAUUAUGGAUGACUGUAUUCUUGAUUUAAAGAAAUUAUUUUGUUGUUGUGCUCCAAUAAAUAAUCUCGAACAAGUGUUACAGAAAUUGAAAGAAAAAGAAAAAAUAAUUAGUAUUGACGUUCAAAAGAAAAUUCUGGACAGUACAGUAAAUAAUAUUUUGAUUCAGCAAUAUCCUGUUAAAUAUUCCUAUCAGAGAGCAUUUGUAAAGUUAUUAAUGAACGAGUUAGAAUCAAUUGGUGAGGAAAUUUACGAUGACGUUUAUUCUUUGUAUUGUCAUUUCAUUUUGUUUCCUGGAGAGGAUUUGCAUUAUCGUCACUUUUCACAAGAACAUGGUGAUUUAGAAUUUAUAACAAUAAAAGAAAGUAUAAAUAUCGUAUCCAAUGGGACAACUGGUUUAUGCGUUUGGCAGGGUGCUUUACAUUUGGCAGAAUGGUCUUACAAAAAUAGGAAUCAAUUUAAUGGGAAAAAUAUCUUAGAGCUUGGAUGCGGUGUUGGAUUAACUGGUUUGAGUAUUAUCAAUGCCUGUUCACCCAAGCAAUACGUUUUUUCAGAUUGUCAUCAAAGUGUUUUAGAUAUUCUUUGUGAAAAUGUGAAAUUGAAUUUAUUAUCCGUAUUGCAAGAAAAAAUAUCUAAUGAAAUUUGUACGUUAAAUGAUAGGACACAAUUACAAAUCAAAUAUAAUCAUUCGGACGUUAAAGUAAUCAAUUUGAAAUGGAAAGAUAUAGAAAAUUAUAUCGAGGAAGAUAAUACAGUUUACGACGUUAUCUUAGGCGCGGAUAUUCUUUACGAAAGCACUUCGUUUUAUUCCUUAAUAAUUGGAUUAAAUUGUUUAUUAACGUCUAAUAAUUAUGCCAUCAUUGCCGCGACUAUUCGUAACGAAGACACUGUCAAAAUGUUUCUCGAUCAAUUAAGAGAGCAUGAUCUUACCUACCUGGAAUGUGACAUACCAGAACAAACAAUUUCAAUCGAAUCGAAUCAUGCACCUGUAAAGAUACUGAAAGUAUAUAAAAAAAAAUAGCAAUUCAAUCGAAUGAAAGUGUGUGGUGGUGGUACGAGAAAAUAUUUUAACGUUCAAAUAUCACGUUCGACUUUCUUAUCAUAGCGAUCAAGUAAGAAAUAUAUAUAUUCAUUUUUUUAUUAAACGAUUAGUUAGAUUUACUCCUAGUGUUUUUCUUUUUUCUUUU